AUGUCAGAUAGCAAUAACAACAAUUCCGAACUACCUCGGAUGAAUCUUCGUGAUUCUCGAAAUCCAAACUCAGGAGUGACUACUCCGAAUACCGGCUUUUCUCCUUAUGGGUCAGUACAACUACCACCAGUCUACUCAUACCGUCAAUCUCAACAACAACAGCAGCAGCAACAGCAACAGCAGCAGCAGCAGCAGCAGCAGCAACAGCAGCCACAACAGUCACAACAGUCACUGAACCUGACGUAUUCAAGCUCACCGAAUCCAAUUGCCCGACCCUUGCAACCUGCAAUCUUAGCUCAGCCUCAUCAAACGGUUGAUAACAGACCUCGUAUGCGAGUUAGCAAAGCUUGUGACCGAUGCAGGACGCAUAAGAUCAAGUGUUCAGGUUCGGACCCAUGUGCCACCUGUGUGCGACAGAAGAAGGAAUGUACAUUCUCAAAUUCUUCGGCUGGUGGUGUCGGUUCGCAAAGUAAACCCAAUGGGUAUUCACCGCAAGCUGCAGCAGACUCAAACAAAAAGCGCAAAUUCAGCACUCUCAACUCAGAGCCGUUUGGUUUACCUGUUGUUGACAAGUCAAAUGACAAGGAGUACAUUACCCACUUGGAAAAUCGAGUACAGUAUCUCGAAAAUUUAUUGUCAAGAAACACCAUGGAGGAUUUCAAAAGUGCCCGCAAUGAAGAGCCCGAAAGCGAAGGUGUUAUCGAAACUUUGUACACAACGAGUUCCAAAUGGAGGUUUUCUCGUCGUCAUCAAAAUUUGCUUAUUGCUGAAUUGUGCAAGUCAAUGUAUUCAAACUUGUCAGAAGAGCUGAAGGAGAAAGUCACUAUCCCACGUAUGCAAUAUUUCGGAUGGAACAUGUCUGGAGUCAAUUACCUCACGCCAGAAAACUUGCCCCCUUUACCCCAGCUCGAUAUCGAAUUUGAUGAGCGACACUUGAUUGAUUUCUUCUUCAAGGAAGUGAAUCCGUUGUUUGCGAUUAUUCACGAGACGGUUUUCCGCGAGCAAUAUGAAGCCUACGACAAGCUCAUGAAGGAGGAGAAGGCAAUGAUGAGCGAGCACAAGCAUGACUCCAAGUCAAACCAAACAAAACUCUAUUCCGCCAUUUUGUACCUUAUAUUCGCCUUGGCUAUUCGAUUCAGUGAGUUUCAAAAAACUAAAAGCCCUGAUUUGGAAAUGUUGAAGCUCGAGGAGAAAUUGUUCAAGUAUGGAUACAAGAUUGUUUCAAUAUUGAGUUUUGAAUGGGAAUCAUUCGAGUUGAUCCAGAGUUGGCUUUUGAUUGCAUUGUAUUUACGAGUUGCUCACAGACAAACGUCAUCUUCGCACGCACUUGGGCAAGCCAUCACAAUGACGAAAUCAAUGGGGCUAGGUUUCAGUGAGGAAAACUACAAUAUCUUGAUGUGUACCGGGUACGAGCGAUUGAAAGCCAAACGAAUCUUUUGGUGUGUUUUCACAUUUGAUCGGGUUUUUGGGUUACAAACUGGUCGAUAUUGUGGUAUUCGAGAAGAGGAUUUUGGCCGGGGGUUUCCUGGAUUUAAUUUCGAGGAGGAGACGGUCAAGGAUGAUUGGUUGACGUUGCCAGCAUUGGCUUUAUUGCAUAUUGCACGAAUUUCGAAUUUCGUUCAUACUGCGCCAACUGAUAAUCCACAUUUGAUCAAGUACCAGCAAAUCAAUGCCGAGUUGGUCAAAUUGCAUCAAUGGCUCAACGAAAUUGGGUUCAGGAAUGAUUUAUUGUUUAAUAAACAUAUUGGUUCUCGGGACAAGAAAGAGGUGAGCUCGUUGAUCAAGGCACAGGUGAAGUUGCAUUAUUACGAUUUGGUACUAUGUGUACAUGGGAAAGUUCUUUUCAACUACAUUGGUAGAAGGAUUGUGAGUCAUGGAUUGAAAGUGGAGAUGGUGUUGGACGCAUGUCACGGAGUAAUAGAGGUGUUGGACAAGGUUAACAAAGCGGGAUUGUUAUAUACUCCAUGGUAUUCAGUGCUACUACUACUAUUCAAUAUUGGUGUCAAUGCACUUUGUUUAAUCAAUGGGGGUGUAUUUAUUCUGCAAUCAAGAGAUCUUUUGAAGAACACAAUCAAGUUGUUUACAAUUUUAAAAAAGUCCCCAAUCAGGAACAAGCAAAACAAGUUGGUUUUCCGAGAACGAUUCAAAAUGGUUAGAGAAUGUACAUGGGCUUUGAAAAUGGCGAAUAAAAUACUUACAUUGAGACUUGAGGAGGAUAUGAAUGCAUUGAAUAACAUUGGUAUCGACCAUGGUUCGUCGGAUGUGAAUAAACAAUAUUUCACACAAUUGGGCUUCAAUGAGAGUGCAAUAGGCGGAUCGAAGGAUAAUAUAGCGACCGCGCUGAAAGAUGUCAAUCGGAAUCAGCAGUCGUUUGCAUCCAAAGCAAAUACCAACGAGUUUAACAAAGUGUUUGAACAACAAUUGUAUCGAAAUGAAACCACAAAUUCAAAUGUAUCGCAUCACAUUUCACAACAAGCUGAUCAAACACAAGGACAAGCAGGUACGGUGUCUCCAUCUUUGCAAGACCCCAAUGCCGAAAAUCAAACACCACGACAAGUGGUUGCGGAAGAAGGAGGCUCAUCUUAUAUCAAUUCAUUCAACACUCCAUCUUCAGACAAUCACGACAACGGCAGUGCUGCUGAUCCAUAUCCGUCGACUGAGAUUGACCAUAUGUUGAGCAACUUGCAGUGGUUUGACCAAUGGGUUGAUUUUACGUAUGACUUUUAA